GUCUUACUCCAAGGAGGAUCGUCAACUUCAACCAUCGCCCUCGAGUGGGCCUUCACCCUUCUGCUCGAAAACCCAGAAACCCUCAUAAAGGCCCAAUCCGAAAUCGACGCCAACGUGGGCCACGGCCGCCUCAUCUCCGAAUCUGACGUGGCGGCGCUUCCGUAUCUCCGCCACGUCGUCCUCGAAACGCUCCGCCUCCACCCCCCGGUGUCGAUGUUGAUGCCCCAUCGCUCCUCCGCCGAGUGCGCCGUCGGCGGGCACAGAGUUCCGGCGGGGACCAUCCUGUUGGUCAACAUAUGGGAGAUCCACCACAGCCCAAAUGUGUGGGCCGACCCGGAGAGGUUCAGGCCCGAGAGGUUCGAACUGUUUGACGGGAAGAAGGAGUUGGGCUUUAAGUUUUUCCCGUUUGGGUCUGGGAGGCGGGCCUGCCCGGGUGAGAAUUUGGGUCUUUUGACACUAGGGUUGGGCCUGGGCUCGUUGAUCCAGUGCUUUGAUUGGGAGAAAGUUGGGGAGAUUGAUAUGAGUGAAGGGGCGGGUACCACAACGCCCAAGGUCCAACCUUUGAUGGCUAAAUGUAGCCCACGUCCGUUUAUAACUAAUUUUCUGUCUUGA